AUGGGCACCAAGGAACAGCAGCUCCUGGGUUUCUUUUUAGGCCUUCUGGGCUUGAUUGGCACACUCGCAUCAACAGUGCUUCCUCAAUGGCGCCAAACAGCUUACUUUAGUGCCAACUUUCUUACUGCUUCAUAUUAUAUGAAAGGUCUAUGGAUGGAAUGUGUUAGUCACACUGCUGGCAUCUACCAGUGUGAAGUCCAUCGAUCAAUGCUGUCUUUGCCCAAGGAUGUGCUGGCAGCCCGGGCUCUAAUGUUGCUCUCCUGUGCCAUCUCUGUUGUUGCUGCUAUCAUUUCCGCCGUGGGCAUGGAGUGUACACGUUGUGCCCAACAUUCCCAUGUUAAGUCCUCUUUAGCUGUGAGUGGAGGUGCAUGCUCUAUCCUGGCUGGUCUCUUCUGCCUCAUCACUGCAUCCUGGAUGACCACUGAAGUGAUCAGAAAUGCUUAUGAUGUCUUCUCCACCAGUGGGAUGAAAUAUGACAUUGGCCUAGCGGUGUAUCUUUCUUUUGCUUCUGCUUUUUUCAGCAUUUUUGGGGGUGGUGCGCUAUGUGUAGCUACGUGGAACGCAAGAAAAAAAAUUAUUGACAAGAUGCCAGGCUCACGUGAACCACAUCGUCUGAUCCCAGACCAUAAGGCAAACCCUGCUCUUGAAGGUGAUCAGUCAUCACUAACAACUUCCUUUGGCAGUGGGUUCAGGCAUAGUAUAAGCAGUCUUGAAAACUAG